ACAGCAUGGAAACGUUCAGCUGAUCAAACAGCAACAACAAUGGUUCUACUCAGUUUGAGCAUGCUUUUUAAUAUGUUCACUGCUUGUUAACAAGGACUUAAAGCAUGGCACCAAAGCCCAAGAAGUCGGAGGCUCCGCCUCCUCCUCCACCGGAACCUAGUCCAGACGACUCGCUUCCUCAAGACAUAAAGGAGCUUGUGGAGUGUCCAUUUUCGGUAACAUGGAAGCCCGUCGUCAGCAUCGUCGACUUCGCGGCGGGAACGGACGCCAAAGGGAUACAGGCGACGCUCAGGCGCAAGGAGCUUGCUCGGCACAUAUCCCUUACGGACGCUGUGCUGCGCCUCGAUGCUACUUCUUCGCUUGGCCAGGAGGCCAAGGCAGCCAUGGACGCACACCUGACCGCCGGACAUGGGCCAGAGACUUGCACGUUCAGCGCCGAUGUAUGUGCUAAGCUGCUGGCAGAGCGCUUCACUCGUGACCAGGUGGCUGACUGGCAUGUGGAGCUGCACCGCCGCCGCACCCGCAUGCAAGCAGCGCAGGAGGAGGAGCAGGCCGCGGAGACAGCUCUGGCCAACGCCCGGCAGGCGGUGCUAGCGGCGACGGAGGCGCUGGCUGCCUACCACCGAGCACAGGAGGAGGAGGAGGCGCGGCGCGCGGAAAUGCUGGAGGAGGCGGGAGGGGAGGAUGGCUACAUGGCAGAGCUGGAUGUGCAGGAUUCGGAACCCAUAGAGCGGGAGACGCCGCAGGAGGAGAUCGCCCUGGCACAGGCGCAAGCCCGUGUGGUGGACGCUGAGGCGAAGGUCAGGGACACGGCCGAGGCCGUCGCACGACUGCAGCGCGUCCAGAACGACCCCUUCGUCUGCUACCAAACCUACACCGUUAGCGGCCUGAGCCUCUCCCUGGAGUCCGUACGGCAGGCGCUGAAGGCCGGCGCGCCGCUGCGUGCGGCGGUAUGGGCCAAGCCGGGGCCGCGGGCGACUACCGCCGACGGCGGCGCUAGCACCACCAGCGGCAGCGAGGAGGCACCGACGCCGCCGGGGUGGUUCCUUGACGUGAAGAAGGCGGCGGAGGCGGCGCUGUGGGAGGAUGAGUUGGCAAAGUUGGUGCCGUUGGAGGUGGAGUUGCCGCCUAUUGUGGUGCACCAGACGCACCAUCACCACCCGGAGCCUGAAACGCAUGGGAAGGGCAAGGGCAAGCCCACCUCCGCCAACAAGCCUGUGCCAAAGGGGAAAGCAGCAGCGGCAGCCGCUGCCGCCACCGCGGAUUCAGGCCCGCCUCCGUCGGAGGACGCCCCCGGGUACGACAUUCUCUCGGGACUGCUUCAGCGCCUGGCGACGCACGUCCGUACGUACGACGAGUGGCGAGCUUCCGUCAAGGUGUACGACAGCCAACAGCAUGACACUCCCGCUGCCCUGGCCUCGACGCAAUCGGGUCCGGCCCUGGUUGCCGAGCCCACAAUGGCUGCCGGCGUCGCACCCUCAAGCCCCUCGCCACCGCCGCCGCCGGCAGCGGGAGGCUCAGAGGAUGACGGCGCCGCCGCCGGCACACCCACAGGCGCUGCGGGCGCCGCUGGUGCGGGAGACGGAGCUCUCCAACCGCAGUACAGCCUGGGCUACUACGGAGCGCUGCUGGACGGCGUACCCUUGGAGCGUGUCAGCGUGCCGCUCGUGAUGCAUGCGUUGCUGGAGCAGGUUGCCCGCAACAUGGCGUCAGUGGAGGCCGGCGAGGACCUGACGGAGGCGGCCCGUACGGCAGCGGCGGAGACGGCGGCGCUGGCGGCCCUGGACGCCGCGCUGGCGCCGCUGGGGUCGCAGUGCCAGGAAGCUGUGUUUGACCAGCCUGCGGAAGUCCCCCAGGAUUACUCCCUCGUCAUUGAGGGUGAUGCGCUGGCGGCCGCCGCCGCCGGCUUGACGACGGGCUUCGUACGUGGCGCGCCGCCGCGACCCGACUCACUGACAUCGCCGCUGGACGCGGCGGUGAUGCCAUCCUCCGGCGGCAGCGGCGGUAGCGGAGCGUGGCCGGCGGUGGUCACCGCAUGGGCUUCAGGCGGCGAGGCCGCUGGCGGCAGCGCCGAAGGCGCUGGCGGAGGCGGCUUUGAAGGGCUUGGCGGCAGCGGUGGUGAUGCUUCAUCGUACGUGUACGGCACGGGCCCUGAGGGGCUCUUCACGCACUCGGGCACGCUGGAUGUGGAGGCGGUUGAGGCUCACAUGCUGCGCUGCAUGAUGCUGCCGGGCGCCAGCUCGUUCGCGGAGGCUGCGGAAGUGGCGGAGGCGGCUGCGGCAGCAGCUGCGGGGGCGUUCGGCUUGGGCACGGGGAUGGACCCCUUGAGCAAGAGCCUGCGUCGCACGGCUCUACAGGCCGAGGCGGCGGGGCUGCCGGUUGCCACCAUUGAGCGCUACCAGCUGCUUCAGGCCGCUGCGGACCUGCUGGGCCCCUCCGCCAAGAUGGCGCAUGAGGACGCCAUCCUCUCGCGCAACUGGCAGGAGCCCAUGGACGCGCCCGCGCUCAAGCAGGCUCUGGGGGAGGCGGUCACGCACCUGCCCGCCAUGUCCUCUGUGUACUUUGGGCCGGCGAAUGUGGUGGUGGUGGCGUGCUAUGCGGGCGAGAACAUCGCGAGCAGCACCACGGGCAUCCCGGUUGCCAUGAACCUUACCGCCUUCGUACGGCGAGCGAAGGAGGUGGAGCCUGGCCCCGUGGAGCUACCAGAGAAGGUGUACAAGAUGGACGCUGACCUGACGGCGGUUGCGGAGGCGCACCGCCGUACAGCCUUCCUCUACACACAGACCGCCUGCAUCGUCGCCGCGCCGCUGCCGUCCGUAGCGCCCGAAGCCGCGGGAUCCGUACCUCCCGGCGUCGAGACGGCGGCCACCCUAGCGGCGUCAGAGGCUGGAUCCGUGUUGCCGGCCGGCGGCCUAACCAUCACACGUGAGGGCACCACCGUACGCUUCUCCGACGGCGGCGUCGACGGCGACCCGCUGCUGCUUGCGACGCUGCAAGGCGGCGCGCUGGUAUCUGCGUUCCACGUCACGGACCCCCUGGCGGCGGAGGCGGAGGCCGCGGCUGCGAAGGCUGCUGAGGGCAGCGGUGAGGACUCGCGCCCGGACAGCGCACAGCAGCCGCCGCCGGAGGAGUCUUCGCAGUCCUCCUCGCUUUCGUCGGACUCGACACCGCCUAAGCCGCUCAUGAGCGCAGCGGAGGCGCUAAAAGCAGGCCUGCGUGGCGAGUUGGACAUGGACGAGGAGGAUGAGGAAGACGACGGCGGCGCUGACUACGAUGAUGACCCCAUUUCGCUGCUGCGGAAGCUCCGGCCGCCGCCGCCAGUGACGGCGCUGCAGGUCACGACGCCGGCGGGUCAUGUUGUACGGAUGACGACCGACGGGCAGGUCCUCAUCACGCCGGCGGACGACCCCGCCGUUGCGCCGUUGCCGUACUUCCGCGGCGUGGACGUCCAUGGCGCGCCGCUGAAGGGCGCGGACCUGAGCAAGUUGCGCGCCCCUGCCACGCCUAGUACCUUCCGGGCGGUAACUCGCGACGGCCUGCUCGUCUCCGCCUCCGCCGGCGCCGUUGCGAGGGUGCUUUGCCCUGACGGCAGCGUCAGCGAACGCAUGGAUGUUGAUGGUUGGCUGGCACCUGAUGGCAGCACGGCCAAGGGCUGGCUACGGACGCAGCUUGAUGGCACAAGGCUGCGUGAGCCGGACCAUGGGUCAAAGCAACGGCCGCCACCACCACCUGAACCUGAACCGGAGCCGGAGCCCGAGCCAGAGAAGAAACCUGCAAAGAAGUCCAUCAUCGGGGCCGGUGCUGGGAAGAAGGGGGGAAAGAAGGCGCAAGACGAGCCGUCGCCGCCGCCGACGCCGCCCCGGAAGCCGCCGCCACCACCGCCUCCGCCAUUCACAUUGGAGCUGCCGCGCAUUGGGUCCGCGACGAUGACGGAUCCGGACACGGGCGCGCGGGUUACGACUCGUGAGGACAAUGUGAUGGUUGUGGCGUACCCGGCAGGAGACGUGCUGGUACAGGAUUACGACGGCACUCGCCUGGUUCGCCUCUCCGACGGCAGCUGGUCCGUGGAGAUGGACGGCUUCGCACCGAUCCUGGGCUCAGCUGACGGCAUCUCCAUCUCACCCUGCCCCGGUGUAACGCUCGCAUGGGACGCCGACACCGGCGUCGUCACCGCCAGCCUUCCCGACGGCAGCUCCAUGGUGACGGCGCCGUACACCGCUGCAUUCCUGCCCGCCGGCGUGGGUGAGCCGCCGUUGGCGACGCUGGCGGCGGCGCCGGAGGGCAGCGACAGCGGCGCCCGGUCGUCAGGCGUGGCGGCGAAUGCCAAGGCGGCGGCGGAGCUGCUGGGAGAGUUGUCGGGGAAUCCAGACCUCACCGGCGUGUUCUUGUUUGAUCCAUGGGGCGGGUCUUGCGCUUUCUGCGAGUCCGAUACCCUGCGCUUCUUCCUUCCGGGUCCGGCGGUACGCGGCACGGCAGCGGGCGGCAGCGGCGGCAAGCGCGGCUCGGGAGGCUCGGCGGAAUCCAGUGAGGGCGGCGACAUGGGGCCUGUCGUACCGCCGCCGUACUGGCCGCCGCCGGAACCGCUGCUGUCCGUACACAUACCCAUUCCUCCGCCGCCACCGCCGCCGCCGCCACCAGUGAAGAAGCCUGGACGCAGCAGAUCUGCGGAUCCAGAGGCGGAGGGCAGCGAUGACGAAGGCAGCGAAGAGGAGGAAGACGAGGAGGAUGAAGACGAGGACGAGGACAAGCCCCCGCCGCCUCCGCCACGCCCCCCAACCCCACCUCCACCUGAGCCCAUCAUCACCUACCUGCCCAUCGCCCGCGCCAUCAAGCCCCGCAUCUUCGUCAUCCGUACCGACGGAACCGGCUACGAAGUCCUAGACACGGAUGUCGUACAAGCCUACAUGGCAGGCCGCGCCGCAUUGGCGGCGGAAGCCGCGGCCAGCGCCAGUGUCGGCGGUGGCCGCUCGGGCUCGCAAUCCACCAACGGUGGCACCGUGGGCUGCGGCAACGGCCUGGCGGUUGACAUUCGUGCUGAGGUGGUUGAGGGCGCGGAUGAGGAGGGUACUGUCGUACACUCCGUGCUCGUACAAGUGCCGCAGCGGUCUCCCACCCUGGAGCCUUUACCUGUGGGCGGUGCGGCGCUGCUGCAAAAGUACAACCCGCAUGCGGAGGAGCUCAUGCCGGCCUUCAAGCGCCUGACGCAGCUCAUCAAACCUGAACCGGGCGCGGGUCUCAGCAGCGUCCAGUACCUGCCACGUAUCAUGGCGUACGAACCACCUGUUGUACGACAGCCCGCGCCGCUGCCCGUACUGGUGUACCGCGAGUUGCUGGAGCUGCCGCGACUAAGCUCCGAAGCCAUUUCGCAGAUCCGGGAGGUGCUCAUGCAGCAGAUGCGGACAGAGCGGGCCCAGGCACGGCUCUACGCUGCCUCCGUGCCACAUGGCGACCCCCGUCCCGACGAUGUACGGCAACAGGAUGCUGACGUUCUCUCGUCCAUCCUGACGCUUCGCUCGCGGCCGCCCGUCUCGCGGGCCAAGUCAGUGGCGGCGGAGGUACGGCGGCGGCGCGAGACGUCGGAAGCGGCGGCGGCGGCGCGGGAGCAGGCUGCCCGUGAGCGUGAGAUGGCUGCGGCAGUGGCGGGCGAGAAGGAGAAGCGGCCAUGGCCGGCGAAGGUUGGGCCGUUCGACAACACACCCAAGCGGCCGCAAGAGGGCAAGCGGCUCAACUAUUUCGAAACCGAGGAGGGCUUGCUGGCAUUGGAGAACGACCCUUCCAUCCGUGAGCCCAUCACCCGCCGCAUGCUGCCGCCUCGCCUGCCGCCGCCCGCUGCCACACCCGGCGCGCCCUCGCCACUCACGCCUGGCGUCUACGUCGCCGAUCGGCCAUUCGGUGCAACAGCGGAGGCCGCCGCCGCCACCGCGGCCCUGUCGGCGGCUGCUGCCGCUGCCGAGUACGCAGUCCUUGGCGACGGAGGCGCCGUCGCUGCGGGAGCCGCGGCACCCACCUCACCACCACGCGGCGGUGACAUCACCAACCGCAGUAACGCCGGCACGCGGUCGCGCGCCGUCGCGGACUACUCUUACCCGGAGCUUGGCCGCAGCCAGAUCCUGGCGGCGCAGCAAGCCGCACCGCCGACGCUCAAGUCGCACGCGUACGACGUGUACGGCCAGCCGCGCGGCGUGCCGCCGCUGCUGCCACGUCAGCACCAGCACGACGAAGCUGAGGUGGCGUUGAACGAGGCCUACCUCCGCGCCGAGGCGGAUGCCGUACGUCUCGGCAAGACCGCGGCCUCCUCGCUCAUUCGCCAUGCGGGCAAGGCUCUGCAGCAGUUCACGCUGUCACCGGCGCACAUGCACCUAGGCACGGUACCUGUAGGCACCGUUGCGCACCGCACCGCGCGCCUGACCAACGUUUCCACCGGCGCCGCGCGCUUCUCGGUGGUCAGGCCGGAACUACCGCUGCGUGUGAUCCACAGGCCGGGGCCGCUGGCCGCUGGCAUGGAGGCGGUGCUUACCGUGGAGUUUGUAGCGGAGAAGCCGGGUGACUUUGUGGGCGAGAUUGUGGUCAAGAGCGAGCUGAAUGUGCUGCGCAUGAGCGUCAGUGCAAAGGUAAUCGCGCCGGAUUCGCCGGCAGCGGAGGUGCCCCUGACGGUUGCGGCGCAGGCGGUAGCUGCAGCGGAGGCGGCUGGGGUUCCCGGAGCCGCAGGAGUCGGCGGUGGAGGCGACAUUAGCCCGGCCCGGCGGUCUAUGGAGGCGACUGCCGGCGCAGGCGGAGGCGCAUUGCCGCCGGUGACGUCCAGUCGCCGAUCGGCGUCGCAGAGCAGUCGGCUAGCGAGUCCGCUGGCUGGUGCGGCGAGGGGCGGCGGCGGCGGAGCGAGUGGCGGCGGCAGUGGUGGCUUGGUUAAGGCCGGCAGCGGGGCUGACAUGCCGUUCCUGGAUGAGACGAAAACGUUGGAUGAGCUGUUGGGAAGAGGCGCCGCCGGCGUGAGAUACGCAUGGCGCGAACAGGUGUAUGCAUAUGACUGUGCGUUGGACCGUGUGGUGGGUGAGGCCUGGCCGCCUGGGUGAGCUGGGGCUCUUGGUGUGACGUACGGAGUUGGGUGGACCCUCGGGCUUGGCGGAAGAGCUAGGCGUCCGUAUUUGUUGGUUAGGUGAGCACGAGGAAGGGUACCGGUACUGAGCGCCAUGUGUAUUUCUACAGAUUGUGGCACAUUGGCAUAAGGUGGGCAAAACGCGUGCGUGUACGGUAGCAGACACAUGGUUUUGUGGCUUCCAACGGUUUGAUGCUGGCGGUAUGAGUGGCCCGAAAUGCACACUAACGGCAUUGGCUGCGUGAGAGAAAACCUAGCGUAUGGCGGCAUAUAGCGUAAUGAAUUAUGCCGACGACGGGACGAGGAGGGCUAGGGGAGGAGCAACCGAAAGGGUUGCAGCUUGGGACCUAAUUAAGGCAAGGAUGACGCUCCUAGCUGCCUCUACUGUGUGACCAAACUGACAACAACUUUGGAUGCUCGUAAAUGACAGUCCUUCCUUCACUGUGCAACAUACGUGCCACCAUAGGGCUUGGUAGGAGAAAAGUUCCGUGGACAACGAGCAUGAUUUUCAGGACUGAAGCUUAAUGCCACUAGCCCGAAUGCAUGAGCUGCUUGGGGCAACAUAGCAAGCAUGCUGCAAUGGUACCCUUUCCGUGUACCGGCACCAAAUUCCGGCGUGGUUAGCUGGUUACUCGAGGACGGGAUGUAUAUUCCACUAUUAUAAUGUAAAACUGGCACUAACAUAA